AUGGCCACCAGUCCCCUGGGAGCUCUUCUGGGCAAAAGCAGUGCCCCAGCCUCAACUCAAGGCCUCUGGGCAUUGGCCCAGAAUGGACCCAUCAUCUAUUCUAGUGAAGGAGGGGAGAGUGGUAGUCGGCCAGUUGGCUCCCAGAAUUUUACACUCAGUAGGGCGGCCCAGGAGGUAACGGGGAGGCGGGAGAGCCGGGGAGAGCGGGAAGGCUGGCGGCUGGCUCACACGGAAACUCAGGCUCCUGCCAAGAGGUCUCUAUUUUGGCGAUCCAGUUCUCCAAGUCAUAGGUCUGCGUGCGCGUGUGUGCGUGUGACCCUAAAGCCCCAGCCCCAGAAGCCCCGGGGGCAGUCGGAUCAAUGUAGCAGCUCCACCGCGGUCUGCCCCACCUCCUCUGCCCUCGGGCGUAAAGCUCCUGGGGGCUCGCUGUCACGAUCGGCGGGUCACGGAACCCCGGCUGCCGGGCGGGGGCAAGAGGAAACGGGGGCCCCCACCCCGACUCCCCGACUCGGGGAAUCCAUUCCACUUCCAUCCCGGGAUCGGGAGCCCGGGUUCUCCAUCACACGCGCGGCGGGGCGACGCCAGGGCGGCUCGCGACACGCCGCGACUCUUCCUCCCUUCCCUGGGCCCCCAGCCCCACGCCGGGGCCCCGGCGCUGUCGAUCCCGCCCUCAGGCAAACUUUUCCAGGUCCCCGAAGGCUCGAAGAACCGGCGCCAUCGACGUACCUGAGGCCGAGUGGCUCGCGGGCCCUGCUCGGUCGCCGGGCCGGGGUCGGUCUCCGUAGUCCCCUGCCCGCUCCGGGGGCCGAGACGCGGGUCCCCAGCCCCGCCAGCCCGUCCUCUCCCCUCGGAAGCCCGGCCCGGCGAGUGGCGCCGGGAACUCGGCGCCGGCGAAAGGAGAAGUGGAAGUUGAGCACGGCGCCCGGUCCGUCCCCGCGGCCGCCAGGGCCGCCGUCCCCCGCCCUCCUCCCCGCCCGCCCUUCCUCCCCGCCCGCUUGCCCUCGCCACCCCGCGCCCGUGACUCACCUCGGCGCCGGGGCAGGCUGGUCCGGGCGGGCAAGGCGCAGGGCUCUCCCACACGUCGCGCCGCCUACGGCAAGUUGGAGGUAGAGAUGCAAAUACCAGCUCUCAGGAGAAAGUAUGGCAUGGCCAAGGCUGAAGUUGCUCAGCACUAGUGGUGGAUUCCUCCCGUGAGUGAAUGUGCUUGGAACUAAGGCUGAAGCCUCAAGGCAGCACGCAAGGAGAGGCUUUCCUUUGGGAAGGGCAGGAAGAGAGGUCAGCACUGCCAACCAGCUCAUGGUGACUGGCCCUAAUGCCUGCCAGCGCCCUGCAGCCCACGGCUCCUGGGAAUCCCAUAAGUUCCCACCUUCCCCAGCUGCUCAGAACUAACCACAGCCCCAUGAUCUGUGAGUUGCAGCCAAAGCAAGCCCCAACCCCCAUGAUGAAAAAGGCUGACCUUGCCUUGGGGAGCCGUGGGCCACAUGAAUGACCUUCCUGGCUGCCUUUCUCCUUCCCCACCCGGCUAGCCGCUCUUCUACCUACUCGCCGGGUGAGCCCCAGCCAGGUGGGGCCAACCAGGCUGAGAUCACCACUCUCCCGAUGACAGCCAAGCUGCUUCUGCCAAUGGCUCAUUCCCUGACUUGGCAGGAAUUCCCCUUCUCGAGUUGCCCAUGGAUGCCCAGCCUGCACCAUGAGCAGAGCACUCUGAGCCUCUCUGCUUCCAGCCCUGUUUCCCCCAGUCUCCAACCCUGACUGGGUGGUCGCAGGUCUCAAAACUUGGGUCCUGCAAAGAACGGAGGAGCCUCUGUGUUGCCCACAGCCCAUGUGGUUCCACCUCCCUACCCGCACACUCAACUCGCCCUUUAACAGCUUUCAGAGCCCCUCUUUGUCUCCUUUUUCUUUUUUUUCCAGAGGCAAGAU